AUGCUCACAUCAUUACAAGAAGAAGCGGAAAGAUUAUCAUUGGAAGAAGAUUAUCCGAAUCGUACUAUUAUAGAUCCUUCCGAGAUUAUCAAUACCGAACUCCGAGAUAAAUUACAUACGCCAUCAAGCCAAUGGUAUUUUGACGAAUAUUCAGGUUUAUAUCGACAAAAUGCUUCAUUAUCACAUCAAAAAUUGGACGAUAAUCAAUCCGUUUGUUCGAGAAAAAGAUCAAUAUUUACCACAAACGAUGAAGAAGAAAAUUGGCCUACGCCCACUUCGGUCGAACAAGUCCAUUCCCUCAGAAAAAAGGCCAAUUCCAUGCGGGAUCGUCGUAAAAACCUCGACCUCUGUCGCACAUUAAUGGACGCUGCCUGUCAAGAACUACGAAAAAAGAAAAAACAAGACUUGGUUCUCGACGAAGUUUUGGUACUGGAGGCCCAAAAAAUUCUAAAGAAGUUGGCCAUUGGAGCCGUAGGACACAAUACCGAUGGUGAUGCUCAAUUUUUACUAGCCAACUGCUACGGUGUGGGUGGUUUGGGCCUAACCCUGAAUAGAGAAAGAGCCUUUUCUCUUUACAUUCAUGCUUCCAAGCAAAAUCAUGUCGAGUCAACUUACCGCGCUGGUGUGUGUUAUGAGAUUGGUAUCGGUACCACAAAAGAUUAUGCAAGAGCCAUCGUCUAUUACCGUAAAGCUGCCAAUUUAUCGCACGUCGAAAGUAUGUACAAGAUGGCCGUGAUCUUAUUACGUGGGUAUUGUGGACAAUUGAUCAAUACAAGAGAGGCAAUUACAUGGCUACAACGUGCAGCUGCACUGGCAAACUCGCAAAACCCUCACGCUCUUUAUGUUUUAGCCAUGUUUCAAUUCACAGAGGAGUUCGCGGACGAUCCAGCCAUGAUUUCCGAUCCUUCUUAUGCCCUUGAGUUACUACACCAAUCUGCCCAAUUAGACCAUCUUCCGAGUCAAGUGAAAUUAGGUGAAUUGUACGAAACCGGUGGUGGUCCCGUCGAGCCGGAUGAUGCCAUCUCAAUUUAUUGGUAUACAAAAGCGGCUGAACGAGGCAACGCCGAUGCAGCUUUAGCAUUAUCGAGUUGGUAUCUAACUGGAUCUGUUGGCAUUCUUCCCCAGUCGGACCGCGAAGCGUAUCUUUGGGCCAUCAAGGCAGCUUCUUCGCAGCUGGCAGAUCGUUGGACCAUUGCAAAGGCGUAUUUUUUGGUUGGUAUGUAUGUAGAUAGAGGAAUUGGGAUCAGUCAUACUUCCGCAGAGGAUGCCAAGAUUUGGUUCAAGCGAUCGGCUGCUUUAGGACAUAAGGGCGCAGUAGAAAUGAUUAGCAAGCAGGAUGCAUUAUCUUGCCCAACUGUCAGUAAAUGA